AUGGAGACAAAAAAAUCAAUGUUUCUUUGCAUACUAGUUUCUUUUAUUUUUAUCUGUUGUUGUUAUGUUUCAUCUGUUACGGCUGCUCUCUCUUUUGACUUUUAUGCUGCUUCUUGUCCGAAUGCUGAAUUGAUGAUAAGAAAUACAGUUAGUUCAGCUUCUUCUAAUGAUCCUUCUGUUCCGGGGAAGCUCCUUCGCUUGGUUUUCCAUGAUUGUUUUGUAGAGGGAUGUGAUGCAUCUUUGAUGCUACAAGGGAACAAUACAGAACAAAGUGAUCCAGCAAACAGGUCUGUUGGAGGAUUUUCUGUUAUAGAAUCAGCAAAAAGACUUCUCGAGAUCUUCUGCCCUGGAACUGUUUCUUGUGCAGACAUAAUUGCUUUAGCAGCCAGAGACGCAGUCGAAAUUGCCGGAGGACCAAGGGUUCAGAUUCCGACAGGUAGAAGAGAUGGAAUGGUUUCACUUGCUUCAAAUGUUAGACCAAACAUUAUCGACACUAGUUUUACUAUGGAUGAGAUGGUCAAGCUCUUUGCCAAUAAAGGAUUGUCCUUACUCGAUCUCGUCAUUCUUUCAGGAGCUCAUACAAUAGGAUCAGCUCAUUGCAACACAUUCAGGUCGCGGUUCCAACAAGACUCCAAUGGAACUCUUAGGCUCAUUGACCAAACCAUUGACACUAAUUAUGCAGACGAGCUAAUGAAACAGUGUCCGGUAACUGCACAACCAUCCGUGACAGUGAACAAUGAUCCUGAAACAUCUAUGCUGUUUGACAACCAGUACUACAGAAAUCUUCUAGCUCACAGAGUUCUGUUCCCGUCUGAUUCGGUUUUGAUGAGCAACGUUAACACGAAGAAAAUGGUGGAGGAUUUUGCAAAUGAUCAACAACUUUUCUUUGUCAAUUGGGGCGCUGCGUUCGUGAAGCUAACUAGUGUUGGCGCUAAGACUGACGAGGAUGGCGAAAUUCGUAGUUCUUGUACAGCAACUAAUGUAUAA